AUGUGUGUGUGUGUGAGUGUUGGAGUGCUCGCAUACUUCCUUCUGACCGGUAAAUCCCCGUUUUUGGCGGAGAGCAAGGCUCUUACACUAAGUAAUAUCACCCAAAUGAAGAUCGAUUAUCCCCCUGACUUAUUCAAUUCCGUCUCUCCAUCAGCGCUUACUUUCAUUCGUGCACUAAUCCAGCGCAAUCCUCGCGCUCGGCUUACUGCAUCCCAAUGCUGUCAACACGAAUGGCUUAGUUGGCACGCGGAAAAGGAAAACCAAGGAGAGAUGGUGAAAGAGGAGGAGAAGAAGGAAACGAAGAUUGAAGAAAUCGUGGAGGUUCUUAAAGAAGAAGACGUCACUGUAGUGCCAAGUGGUGGUGAGGAUGAAUCUUCUUCGUCAGAUUCUUCUUCCUCUAUUUCUUCACCCUCACGAAAGCGCAUUGCUCUGGAUGAUUCUGAAAAUUUAGAAGCCCUUACGCAGGCCACGUCGAAAUCGCCUUCUUUAGGUGUCAUUCCGAACCCCGUAUCUGCAAUCGAUACACCUAUACCCUCUAUUUGUUGCGCUGGACUUCUCGCACCUCGAUCAGUUUUCUCUCUUGAGGGAGGAGGAAUAGCUAAGCACCACCAUCAUCACUCCCGUCGACGCUCUGUUCUUGCAUCAAUAUCACCACCUCCAACUUUGACGGAAGCCGCUUCACCUGUUGAAUAG